AUGCGAUCGGCAGCCGGUAUUCUUAUUCUAAUCUCAAUUAUUCCCAGUGUAUAUAGUGAACCGAAGUUGCCCGAUUGCGAGCAAAUCCCAAAAGUUUUGUGCUGUACUCAACGUGUCUUAGAUAAAUGUAUGUCUGGUUGUAUCGAUUAUGUCACCGAGAAAUGUCCCCAUAAAUUGGAAAAAUACGAGACAAUUGAUGAUGAAGAGCCAUCAACAACUACCACCCACAGAGCCCCAAAGAAACAAGUGAAAGCAGCUACAGUAUCCUCUCGAGUUGUCGGACAAGUAGAUCACGAAAUCAAGGAACAAUUCAUUGAUUCAAAGGAUAUUAGAAGAGCCCCACUCGCCGGUGACGCUAAACUUCUGAAUCAGGAGUAUCCAAUCACUGAAGUCACUGACGCCGAUUUGUCAUCUGAAUGCGGAACCGAGAAGUCUAAUCCACCAUUCUCACCAUGCCUUUCCCGUAAAUCGGCCGACGAUGUGUUCCUCUCUUGUUGCCGUCAACAACUACCAUCCAACUGUCAUAGUUUAUGUACCUAUGAACAUCGUGAGCAUGUUGCUGCGGAGACUCUUAUUCAAGCUGUUCAGCAAGAACAUUGUGAUAUGAAGUACUUGACGAACCUCCUCUACUGCGCCAACCAAAAUCGUGAUAACCGUGCCUGUUGCUCCCACCUUGGCAUGUCUAACCCAGAACUUGGAGUCGGUGAUCGUUGUCUCCGAAUGUGUAACAUCGCUCCAUCCGGAGACCGUGUCAGUUCUGUUGAAAAGGAAGAUUUGGUAUGCCUAUCCAAUUGGAAUGUCAUCAUGUACUGUGCCAGAGGAGGUCUUCGUACCAUCAACUAG